CUAAAGUAAAGCAACAAAGAGAAGAAAUCAGACCCUGAAAUGACCUCCCUGAAUUCCACCCUCUAUCUAAAUACAACUUUUGUGCGUCCCCCGUUUUUUUUCAUCAAUGGUUUGGAUAACAUGCCCCAUGCCAAAUACUACUAUGUUUUCCUGUGCUUUGUUUUUGUGGUCUCUGUGUUGGGGAACUCAUUUGUCAUGUUUAUUAUAUACACAGAGGGCAGAUUUCACACCCCAAAGUAUAUGGCCAUUUUUAAUUUGCUUAUAGCUGACUUGGGUGAAAGCACUGCUCUUAUUCCAAAUGUAAUUGCAAUGUUUCUUUUUGAUUCACAAUACACCUCCUUUGACGCUUGCUUGGCAAACAUGUAUUUUGUGCCUUUAUUUGCCUGUUUACAGUCUCUAACUCUUACUGUUCUGGCCUAUGAUAGAUUGGUGGCAAUAUGCUUGCCAUUGAGAUACCACGCCAUCAUCACAAUGCAAGCAAUGGUUGUGAUGUUAACAGUGGUGUGGGCAUAUGAUUCAGUUUUAAUGAUUUUAAUGGUGACUUUCAUUACCAGAUUGUCCUUUUGUAAAUCUAUUGUGGUACAAAGCUACUUUUGUGAUCAUGGGCCCAUAUACAAAUUGGCAUGCAAUGACAAUUUUAUUAAUCAGGUGAUAUCAAGAGUUCACGCGGUAUUAUUGCUGUAUUUACCCUUUAUUUUGACUGUAAUCUCAUAUGUAUUUAUUGCUGGUGUACUGUCUAAAAUAGCUUCAUCAGAAGGGCGAUUUAAAGCCAUUAAGACUUGUUCUGCACACCUAAUGCUAGUGGCUUUAUAUUAUCUUCCAAUAAUGGGAACCCAGAUUGCUGGACUAACUUCAACCCUUCAGCCUAAUGGCAGGAUAAUUAAUUUGUCCAUUGCAAAUUCCAUUACCCCCAUGAUGAACCCAAUCAUUUAUGUGCUGAACACAGAAGAGAUUAAGGAAUUCUCAAAAAAACUUUUCAAAAGAAAAAAAAAAAACUGCAACAGAAUUAAACAAUCAAAAUAAAGGAACAGAUUUAUAUUAAGAGACGGCUGCUUUUUACCGUAUCACAAACUGCAGUCCAGAGAGUCCAGAUCCAGAGGGGGAAACAGUGGUAAAAAUUCCUUAGCCUCUUUUGAACACAGAAAAUGUUAAAUGUUAAAAUGUUAUUUUGUGGAACCUUACGUUUCAGGGUCAAAGAAGAGCAACAAAAUUGAUUCCUAACAAAGUGUAUGUAAACUUUUGACCCAGGGAAAAUCUUAUAUAGUACAUAAAAGCUGAAAUAAAUCUGUAUCUUAGCUGUUAUUUAUAAAUUACCUCUUAUGGAAAUAAAGUAGAUAACCUAA